UUUCACACACAUACUGUAUGUGUGAAACCCAUCCCCCUUUAGAGGGUGAAAGUGAAAGUAGAAGUUGUUUCCUGCUGAACUUAACCGCCUGUUUCUUUCUAUCUGCGUCAGUGUGUUCUAACAGCGACAGGUUGAGGUGUUGAUCCGAAGACUUACUGGUGAUUCAAUCUGAAUGGACGCUGAGGAAAAUCAAAUCCCAGGAAUGUCCUCCAGACCCCUUACACUGAACCCAACUUUUAUCAAACAAGAUUCACUGAAGUCAAGAAGAUGAAUAAAUCUCGGAGAAGAUCAGCGUCUUCAAAUGUCAGUUUAAUGUCUGAAAAGACUGACCGCUCCAGAGAAUAUCCUCCAGACGUGAGCUCUGAAUCCAGACCUUCACAAACAAGAGUCACUGGAGUCAAAAAGAAGAGUAAAUCUCAGAGAGGGUCAGCGUCUUCAAAUGUCAGUUUAAUGUCUCCAGAGACUGACCACUCCAGAGAAUAUCCUCCAGACUUGAAUGCUGAACCCAGACCUUCACAUACAAGAUCCACUAAAGUCAAGAAAAGGGUAAACGUCAGAAAACAUCAGCGUCUUCAAAUGUCAGUUUAAUGUCUGAAAAGACUGACCACUCCAGAGAAUAUCCUCCAGACUUGACCUCUGAACUCAGACCUUCACAACCAAGUGGCCAGACCACAUCAGGCAUUUGGCGGAAGCAGAACACCCUGCAGGUGUUUGAAUCUAAAGUCAUGGCUUUUGUAAACCAAGCUCUGAUGUCACAUAAGAAGGUCCUUUCUGAAAACCACAAAGAAUUGUUUGAGGAAGACAAGCAGGAGGACGUGUUUGAUGAUCAGCCGGUUGAGUUUGAUGAUGAAACAAGUGAAGCAGCUCUGAAGAUUGCUCUCCAUAUCUUGAGGGCCAUGAAGGCGGAUGAACAUGCUAACACACUUGAGCAAAGUCAUUAUGGAGAACUCGUCAUGUGCCAACAGAAAAUAAAACCUUACCUGAAGGAGAAAAGUGACUGCAUAUUGGAAGAGACACAGCAGUGGCCUGUGCCUCUUAGAAAGAUUUAUACAAAGCUAUAUCUGAUAGAUGGGGACUUUGGAGAAGUCAACAUUGAACAUGAAGUGAGACAAAUUGAGACAGCCUUUAACAGACGUCAGAAUUUUUCUGAAACUCUGAUCAAGUGUGAAGACAUCUUCAAGGCCAAACCCAACCAAUCAGCCAAACAAAUCCGAACGGUGCUCACGAAGGGGAUAGCAGGCAUCGGCAAAACUGUGAUGGCACAGAAGUUCAUGCUGGACUGGUCGGAGGAUAAGGCCAAUCAAGACAUCCAGCUCCUGUUUUCACUUCCUUUAAGGGAACUAAAUUUUCUCAAAAAUGAAACAAGAAGUUUGAUGGAGCUCCUGUAUGACUUCUCUCCAGGCCUAAAGGAAUCUGGAAUCAAAGACCUACAGAUGUACAAAGUUAUGUUCCUACUGGAUGGUCUUGAUGAGUGCAGACUCCCUCUGGAUUUCAACAGAAAUGAGAGAUGUUGUAAAGCUACACAGUCUGCCUCCGUGGAUGUGCUCCUGACAAACCUCAUUGCAGGUCACCUGCUACCAAAAGCUAAACUUUGGAUAACUACUCGUCCUGCUGCCGCAAACCGCCUCCCUUCACAGUAUGUCGACCGGGUGACUGAGAUACGAGGCUUCAACAACCUACAGAAGGAGCAGUACUUCAACAAGAAAAUCGAUGAUGAAAACUUAGCCAGGAGAGUUAUCGCAAACAUAAAGUCGACUAGAAGUCUCUACAUCAUGUGCCACGUGCCGGUGUUUUGCUGGAUUUCCUCUAUCGUCCUUGGAAAAAUGUGUGCCAAAGCAGGCGGAGGAAAAAUGCCGAAGACUUUGACUCAGAUGUACAUCCACUUUCUGGCCCAUCAGACUGUACAGAUUCAUGUCAAGUACGGCAAAGAGCAACAACUGGACUCCCAAGGUAAUAACAAGGUGAUUAUGGCACUUGGGAAGUUGGCCUUCCAGCAGCUGGAGAAAGGCAACCUGAUCUUCUAUGAGGGCGAUCUAAGAGACUGUGGUAUUGAUGUCAAAGACGCGUCUGUCUACUCAGGAGUGUGCACUCAAGUCUUUAGGGAAGAGUCCUGGAUGCAGCAUAAAGUCUUCUGCUUUGUGCAUCUGUCUGUCCAAGAGUUUCUUGCAGCUUUGUAUGUCCACGUGAUGUACAAGGCCUAUGGAGUAAACCCGAUGACCAAAGAACCUGAACAGGUAGACCACGCCAAGUCUGUAUCCGAACUGCACAAAGCUGCAGUGGACAGAGCCUUAAAAAGUGACAACGGUCACCUGGAUCUCUUCCUGCGCUUCCUUCUCGGACUCUCUCUGGAAUCCAGUCAGGGUCUUCUCAGAGGCCUGAACAUUGAGGUAGAAACCUGUGACUCCCAAAGUCAUGAGGAAACCAUCAAGUACAUCAAGGAGAAAAUAAAUCAGACUCAUCAGUCCGAGAGGUACAUCAAUCUCUUCCACUGUCUGAAUGAGUUAAAUGAACACGCUCUGGUGGAGAAGAUCCAGAGCCACUUGGAUUCAGACCAAGACUUGGCAAUGAACGAGUGCUCUGCAGCUCGGUGGGCGGCUCUAGUCUUUGCGUUGCUGACCUCACCAGAGAAACCAGAGGAGAUCCACCUCAAGAAAUACUCCAGAACAGAAGACGGCCUUUUCAGGCUCCUACCAGCCAUCAAAGCAUCCAGAUCAGCAAAGUUGAAUGAUUGUAAUCUAACUGCAGACUGCUGUCAGAAGCUGUCAGAAGCUUUCAGCUCAAGCUCUAAUGAGCUGAUUCACUUAAACAUAAGUGACAACAACUUACAAGACUCAGGAAUCGAGUCUCUCUGCGCUGGACUCCAAAGCCCACACUGCAGACUGAAGACGCUGAGGCUGAACCGAUGCGGUCUGUCUCAGGGAUGCUGUGAAAAGCUGGCUUCAGUACUUAGCUGUCCAUCAUCAGAUCUCCGAGAGCUGGACCUGAGUGACAACGACAUUGAAGAUUCAGGGGUGCAGCAGCUCUCCACUGGACUGGGAAAUGUGGUCUGUAAACUGGAAACCCUCAGGUUGUCGUUCUGUAAUAUCACAGAGAAAGGUUGUGGUUUCUUGGCCUCGGCAGUGAAGUCCAACCCCUCCCACAUGAGUGAGCUGGACCUGAGCUACAAUCACUUAGGAGAGUCGGGAGUGAAACUCAUCUCUGAAGCUUUGGAGGAAGGACGGAGCGAAUUAGCUAAACUCAGAGUCGACCACAACGCAGAACACUGGUUCAAACCAGGGCUGAGACGAUAUGCCUGUGAACUGACAGUGGAUCGUAACUCUGCUCACAAAGUCCUCGCCUUAUCUGAUGGCGGACGAAAGAUUAGCCAGGUCCGAGAGGAGCAGCCAUAUCCAGAUCACAACGACAGGUUUGACUACUGGCCAGAAGUCCUAUUCCAGGAGGACCUAAAGGGCCGCCGAUACUGGGAGGUGGAGUGGGAGGGGAAAUGGGUCGGGAUCGGAGUGACCUACAGGGGCAUCAGUCGCAAAGGGUCGGGCAACGAAUGCGUGAUGGGUUACAAUGGGAUAUCUUGGAGUCUGCACUGUUCGGGAAAAGGCUACCGUGCGUAUCAUAACUUCGAGAGCACUGCCAUACCAGUCCCUCUGAAUGAAAACUCUGGUAGACUGGCCGUGUAUCUGGACUGGGAGGCUGGCAUCCUGUCCUUCUACAGAGUUUCUUCAGGAGGGUCGCUGACACACCUGCACACCUUCAACACCAAAUUCACUGAGCCGCUCUACCCAAUUUUCCGGGUGUGGGGUGAAGGCUCCUCAGUGAGGCUGAGUCGGGUGGAAUAAGUUGACAAGAAGAAAAGAGUCAAUGAGGGAUGAUUGCAAUGAAUCAAUGUAUGAUUAGCAGACCCGAAUGGAAUCUGCAGAUUUUUUCUUUGUUUUUUUUAGCGGUGAUCCAGAAUGAAACUGCAGUCCUACCCGGUGGUAGUGACAGGCUUACACCGGUGUGGAGGACAGUGUGACAGGAAGAGGAGCUUAGCUGCUUUCAAGAAUAACUAAGAGCGCAGUGAGUGUGAGGUCAUGAGAGAGAGAUGGUGGAUGAGUAAAGUAAAGGUGGAAGAGUAAAGCUGUCAAGUAGUUGUUAAGUGUACAGUGUAGGUCGGUUUGUUUUUGUAAAUAUCUAAGGCGCCUGCGAGAAUAGACUGCAGUAAUCAGUACCCAAGAUACUAUUUAUCAUGUAUAGGUGAAUUACCUGGUUUCUCUGUGUUGCGUGUAAACAUUAUGCCGGGAUACAUUUUAUAACCUGAAAACUAAUGUCCGUGGAAACCCACCCGUUGAUUUAAGAAAUGUGUGCCUCCCUAAAUUGGACUUUCUUGCAGUAGCAUGAAGUUGUACUGCGGCUUGCUCAAAGCCUUUAUUCAGAUUCAGGUUGCUCAGGGGCGUAACUUUAGGUUCAACAUUGGGGGGUUGAGAUCUCCAUCUAUCUAGGGAGGUCCUGGGACAUGCCUGCAUGAAUUGAGAAAAGCGAGAGAAAAAAAACGUUGAAAGAAGCAACAAAAACAUUGAAAAAAUUGUCGAAAGAAAGCUGCAAACAUUUCUUUUAAGCUUAACUUUUGAAUAAUCGUUUGUAUUAUAGUAUAUAACAACAAAUCAUCUGCAAAAACCAAACUCUGCUUGUCUUUUGCAUCUUCCAAAACAAUCAUAUACUUCAUAAUAAACAUGAAUUAACUGACAUUUAAAAGAAAAAAACUGCAAAAUAUAAAAAAAAACACAACUGAAAAAAAAAUGCAAAUCUUUUUAUAAUUAAAGAAGACGGUAAAGGCAACAAAGGACAAGUCGUCCUAAGUAACUCACAUUUACACAUUUUCAGAUUCAUGUAUACUAUUUUAUUUCAUUAUUACUUUCUUAUUUGAAAGCAGAUGUUUCCAUUGUCUCUAUGAUGUGGUAUUUAAAUGUGAUAACUUUCCAAAUUGUUACGUAAAUUAACAUAAACGUUUUUUUUAUAAUGUUUGACUUUUUAUAUUUUAUACAUUUUUAUUGUAUAGUUUUAAUAUUUUCAUUUUUUGUCUGUAUUUUUCUAUUUUUUAUGAAACUACUAGACCAUCCUCAAAAUAAGUAAAUUGUAGCACACCUUAGGCAAUUUUAACAAAAUAAUGUAACUUCCCACAAUAUUGUGGCUAGUGGAAAUGCUGGGUGGCCAGUAACUUUGGAAAACCACAGUGGCUGCUGAGCAAAAGAAGUUGAUGUCAAGCCCCGUUUAAACAUGAUAAAUUAAUCUAUUAUCAAAAUAUGCAAAUUCCCUGUUGAUCUGCUGCAGUUAUCAUUGCAGGAAUCCUGUGUAUUUAUCGAUCUGUAAUUUAUAUAAUAUAGAUUUAUAGACAUCACUUUAUACCUGCAUCGGUCUAUUAAUUGUUUUGUUUGUCUGUGCAUGAACACUAACAUGUUGUUAUGGAUUCAUUAAAAGUAACCUAAAAGUA